AUCACAACACAACAGUUACCUGAUUUAUUUCGAUCAGCGAGCACAUAUUCCAUUCACCCGGAAAUCUCUGCAAUUAUCAUCAUGACUAAUAUUGGUUAUUUUUCAUUGGCCCUAUUUUGGAUGUCUCUGCUGCUGUGUCAUGUGGCCACAGCGUUGCCAGCCCCGGACGAAGAGCAGUACUUUGAUAAACAGCUGAACCGAGAAUUGAUAAAUCGAUGGCUUUCAUCCAUCCAUAAUGCCCAGAUAUUAAAUAAUAAUCCAUGCCGCUUCUAUGGAGGGGACGGUACUUGGACCGCCCCAUUGCCCAAACGAAACUCGGAACUAAUCAAUUCGUUGUUGAGUCUGCCCAAAGUAUGAACGAUGCCGGCAAAUAGAUUUCCUGCAGCAUUAGAAAAUGCCUAUGGAUAAGAAGAAGAUAAAAGACUAAAAAAUACCCCCCCACCCCCUCCUUAACAAAAAUAUAUGUAUGUAUAUUGAAUAUUGUUGUUGAUGUAUUAGUUCAAUGAAGUGAAAAUAAAUAGUAGAUAUUCUGUUCC